AUGUAUGACACAUUGAAGGACUCCUACCAACUGUUUGAAGAAAUCGGCCGCGGCCGAUUCGGCACAAUCAUCCGAGCUUUCUGCCCCAACUCGGCCGAGUUCGUCGCCUGCAAAAUCAUCGACAAAUCGGGCCUCACUGAUGCCCAAGACCGCGCCUGCCUCGAGAAAGAGCCCAAGAUCAUGAGCCUUCUCGCUCCUCACCCCAACAUUCUCAAGCUCUUCAACGUCUUCGAAACCGACGACUCUUUGGCCAUGGUGCUCGAGCUCUGCGAACCCACUACUCUCUACGACCGGAUCAUCAAGCGCCCGCUCUCCGAACCCGAAGCCGCCUCCAUCAUCAAGCAGCUUCUCGAAGCGAUUUCGCAUUGCCACAGGGUCGGCGUCGUUCACAGGGACCUGAAGCCGGAGAACAUUCUGUUCGACUCCAGGAACAAUUUGAAGCUCGCGGACUUUGGGUCGGCGGAGUGGGUCAGUGAGGGAGGGUCCAUGGAGGGCGUGGUGGGCACGCCAUACUAUGUUGCGCCGGAGGUGUUGAUGGGAAGAGCGUACAAUGAGAAGGUCGAUGUUUGGAGCGCCGGCGUGAUGCUAUACAUAAUGCUCGGUGGGAUUCCGCCGUUUUACGGUGAGUCGGCUUCCGAGAUUUUCGAGGCCGUUUUGAGAGGGAAUUUGAGAUUUCCUCCGAAAGUUUUCCGAUCUGUGUCUCCGGCUGCUAAGGAUCUGUUGAGGAAGAUGAUUUGCAGAGACGUUUCCAGGAGAUUCUCCGCUGACCAGGCACUUAGGCACCCAUGGAUCUUAAGUGGUGGAGAGGCAAAUCCAAUAGACUGA